AAUUACCAAAGAGGGAAACUCUCCGCGGGGAAGAGAAAAUGAGGAAUGUAAAACUGAGCAUAGCAUAAGAAAAUUGAACUAAGAAUUCCUCAAACAUCAAACUUCAAAACAACUUUGUGAUUUCUUCCACUCACACAGCUUAAUUCGAUGAUCACUUUAAACUUAAAAACCAGCUAAUUCAUCUGCAUCUUCAACUCUCACGAAUAAACUUUCAUCAUCUCUAACUUUUUGUUGCAGAUCCAAUUCAAUCUUUACCUCUCUCUCCUCCCCGCUUUACUCAAGAAUCAACCAGAUCUAACCUCUUUUGUUAGAGAGAGAAAGAGUUUGCGAAGAAAUGCUAAGGUUAAGGGCAUUUCGCCCGACAAAUGAGAAGAUAGUAAAGAUUCAAGUUCAUCCAACGCAUCCAUGGCUUGUCACUUCGGAUGCUUCUGAUCAUGUUUCUGUUUGGAAUUGGGAGCAUCGUCAGGUUAUUUACGAGCUAAAAGCUGGCGGAGUUGAUGAAAGGCGGCUUGUUGGUGCCAAAUUGGAGAAGCUUGCUGAGGGUGAAUCUGAGUCUAGAGGGAAGCCUACUGAAGCUAUACGGGGAGGGAGCGUUAAGCAGGUCAAUUUUUAUGAUGAUGAUGUACGGUUUUGGCAACUUUGGCGUAAUCGAGCAGCAGCUGCUGAGGCUCCAUCAGCAGUUAGUCUUGUCACUUCUGCUUUAAGCCCUCUAGCUCCAGCAACAAAAGGAAGACAUUUUCUGGUCAUCUGUUGUGAGAAUAAAGCUAUUUUUCUGGACUUGGUAACUAUGCGUGGUCGUGAUGUUCCCAAGCAAGAACUUGACAACAGAUCCCUAAUGUGCAUGGAGUUCCUGUAUAGAUCCACUGCAGGUGAAGGUCCACUAGUUGCUUUUGGUGGAUCAGAUGGUGUGAUUAGAGUUCUUUCAAUGAUAACUUGGAAGCUUGCUCGGAGGUACACUGGAGGCCACAAAGGAGCUAUAAAUUGCCUGAUGACUUUCAUGGCUUCUUCAGGCGAGGCGUUGCUGGUCUCAGGUGGGAGUGAUGGCUUGCUGAUACUCUGGAGUGCCGAUCAUGGUCAUGAUUCCCGAGAGCUUGUACCCAAACUUAGUCUAAAGGCACAUGAUGGUGGAGUUGUGGGUGUAGAAUUAUCAAGAGUGUCUGGUGGUGCGCCACAGCUUAUCACAAUUGGUGCUGAUAAAACACUGGCUAUAUGGGACACAAUAUCAUUCAAGGAGAUGCGGCGGAUAAAACCUGUUCCAAAGAUGUCUUGCCAUAGUGUGGCAUCUUGGUGCCAUCCUCGUGCUCCAAACCUUGAUAUAUUGACCUGUGUGAAGGAUUCACAUAUAUGGGCCAUUGAACAUCCAACAUAUUCAGUGUUGACAAGGCCAUUAUGUGAACUUUCCUCUCUUGUUCCUCCACAGGCUCUUGCACCGAACAAAAAGCUCCGGGUUUAUUGUAUGGUUGCACACCCUUUACAGCCUCACCUGGUUGCUACUGGAACAAAUAUUGGUGUAAUCAUUAGUGAGUUUGAUUUUCGAGCUCUUCCACCUGUGGUUGCUUUACCGUCACCGCCUGGAAAUCGAGAGCAUUCUGCGGUAUAUGUAGUUGAAAGGGAACUUAAAGUAUCAACCUUUCAGUUGUCUAAUACAGCAAACCAAUCUUUGGGUAGCAAUGGCUCAUUGACUGAAUCAGCUAGGUCUAAGGUGGACUCAGAAGCAUUGCAGGUCAAACAGAUAAAAAAGCCUGUCAGUACACCUGUUCCACAUGAUUCAUACUCAGUUCUUUCUUUGAGCAGUUCAGGAAAGUAUCUAGCUGUGGUGUGGCCCGAUAUCCCUUACUUUUCUAUAUACAAGGUCAGCGACUGGUCUAUAGUUGAUUCAGGCAGCGCAAGACUCUUGUCAUGGGAUACUUGUCGUGAUAGAUUUGCAAUAUUAGAAUCUGCUGUUGUUCCACGAGUUCCUGUGAUUCCAAAGGGGGGUUCAUCUAGAAAAGCCAAGGAAGCUGCUGCAGCGGCUGCAGCCGCGGCUGCUGCUGCUAGUGCUGCGUCUUCAGCCUCUGUUCAAGUUCGAAUUUUACUGGAUGAUGGGACAUCUAACAUACUGAUGAGGUCAAUUGGUGGAAGGAGUGAGCCGGUUAUCGGUUUGCAUGGAGGUGCACUCCUUGGUAUUGCAUAUCGAACUUCUCGCCGUGUUAGUGCUGUUGCAGCUACUGCAAUUUCAACAAUUCAAUCAAUGCCGUUAUCGGGCUUUGGGUCUGGUGCUUCGUCAUUUAACACAUUUGACGAUGGUGUCGGUUCUGGAACCUCAUCCACUCAAAAUUUCCAGCUUUAUAGCUGGGAAACUUUUCAACCUGUAGGCAGUCUUCUCCCACAGCCAGAGUGGACAGCUUGGGACCAAACUGUUGAGUAUUGUGCUUUUGCCUAUCAGAAAUAUAUUGUUAUAUCCUCCUUGCGCCCUCAGUAUAGGUACCUAGGAGAUGUUGCAAUUCCAUAUGCAACUAGUGCUGUGUGGCAUCGCAGACAGCUAUUUGUUGCUACUCCAACUACCAUCGAGGUGGUUUUUGUGGAUGCUGGAGUUGCUCAAAUUGAUAUAGAGACAAAGAGGAUGAAAGAAGAACUGAGACUGAAAGAGGUACAAGCUAGAGCUGUUGCUGAGCAUGGUGAAUUGGCUCUAAUAUCAGUUGAUGGUCCAAAAACUGAGACAAAUGAGAGAAUUCCUUUGAGACCACCUAUGCUGCAGGUUGUAAGAUUAGCUUCAUUUCAGCAUGCUCCUUCAGUGCCACCUUACUUAACAUUGCCAAAACUAUCGAAAAUCGAUGGGGAUGAUUCAGGAAUGUCUGAUGGAAAAGCUAACGAGAUCGCUGUUGGUGGUGGCGGAGUUGCUGUUGCGGUUACUCGCUUCCCUAUGGAGCAGAAACGACCAAUUGGUCCACUUGUGGUUGUGGGAGUUAAAGAUGGAGUACUCUGGCUAAUUGAUAGGUAUAUGCGUGCACAUGCCUUAUCUCUCAGUCAUCCUGGUAUACGUUGCCGCUGUCUUGCUGCCUACGGUGAUGCUGUCAGUGCAGUAAAAUGGGCUACUAGACUUGGCAGAGAGCAUCAUGAUGACUUGGCCCAAUUUAUGCUCGGAAUGGGUUAUGCUGCAGAAGCUCUUCAUUUGCCCGGAAUAUCUAAGAGGUUGGAGUUUGAUCUGGCCAUGCAGGGAAAUGAUUUGAAAAGAGCUCUUCAAUGUCUUUUGACUAUGAGCAAUAGCAGGGAUAUAGGAAAAGAAACUUCAGGGUUGGAUUUGACGAACCUUUUAAAUGUAGCUGCUAAGAAAGAAAAUAUAGUCGACGCAGUUCAAGGAAUAACAAAAUUUGCGAAGCAGUUUUUGGAUCUUAUUGAUGCUGCAGAUGCAACGGCACAAGCUGAGAUUGCUCGUGAAGCCCUUAAGCGUUUGGCUGCUGCUGGUUCCAUAAAGGGAUCCUUGCAAAGUCAUGAGUUGAGGGGCCUGGCCUUGCGACUUGCAAACCACGGAGAGUUAACACGCUUAAGUACUUUGGUGAAUAAUUUAGUCUCACUUGGUUUGGGACGUGAAGCCGCAUUCUCGGCUGCAGUUUUGGGUGAUAAUGCUCUCAUGGAGAAGGCAUGGCAUGAAACAGGGAUGCUUGCGGAGGCUGUGCUUCAUUCCCAUGCCCAUGGACGACCAACUCUUAAGAACUUGGUUGAGGCUUGGAAUAAAAUGCUGCAGAAGGAGAUUGAGCAUACUCGAACGACUACUAAGACAGAUGCAACUGCUGCCUUCUUAGCUUCUUUGGAGGACCCCAAGCUUCCUAGUCUAGGAGACACUGACAAGAAACCUCCUAUUGAAAUUCUUCCUCCAGGGAUGAGCUCCCUCUCUCUCUCUAUAUCAGCUCCAAAGAAGCCGCUGCCUACUUUAAAGGGGUCACAACAGGAGCCUGGUAAGCCGUUGUUAUUAGGAGCACCUCCUACCACCGCACCAAUUAAUGGUGUUACACCACCACCAACAGAUUCUGGUGAUUCAAGUGUUGUGCCUCCAGCAGAGUCCAGCCAACCUGGAGCUCCAUCGACAGCGGAGUCAAGUCAACCUGGAGCUCCAUCUACAGCAGAGUCAAGCCAACCUGGCGCUCCAUCUACGGUAGAGUCCAGUCAACCUGGCGCUCCAUCUACAGUAGAAUCCAGCCAACCUGAGGUCCCUCCGCCAGAUUCCACCCAAGCUGGAGAGGAAUCUGGUGAAGCUGUAGCUCCUUCUGCCGAAGUUUCAAAUCAACCAAAACCUGAAGGAACAUCUUCUUUACCAGAUUCUAGUGAAACAGGAGCUUCAAAUCAAGUCAAUUCAAGCGAGUCAGAACCUACUAAACUAGCUGAUUCUAGUCAGUCAGGAGCUCCACCACCAGCUGACUCAAAUCAACCUGAAGCUCCACCACCUACGACUGAUUUAACUCAGCUCCCCUUGGAUCCUAAAGUUGCUGAGCAACAACUACUCGACAGUAUAGGUCCAGAGGUCGUCGCUAAACCAAGCAACUCAAGGUCUCCAUUUGCUGAUCUAGCACUGCUUAUGUAGCCAGCAAGUGAACAGAUGUGUAGAGUUUUUUCCUCCCUCUUAAAAUUAACAGAUAUAUAUUGUAUGAUAUCAGUUUGCAUUUGUAAUUGUUUUUUUUAAAGUUUCUUGGAAAUGUCACAAUUGAUUUUUAUACUCAAUAUUCUUUGUAUCAUUGUAUUCGAUAGAUUUAGGUUCAGCUAGGGUUUUUUUGGAUGCUGUAUUACUGUAUACUUCAUUUGUAGAGUUUUCUACCAGUGUCAUCAGAGCCAUUUGUGAUCUGUUUCUUGGGA